GAGACGACACCCCGGAAACAACCUGAACGAAAUUGCACUAUAUCUAUUCAAUUAAUACACACAGAAUCAAAGUGAGUGGUGUUUUAUUGUCAUGACAUAUAACACACCUCGGUCUAGCGACUGGUAGGCAAACUGUCUCCUGUCCAAUAGACACUGAAGAGAAGCUGCUGACAUCCGGGAAGAGCGCGGUAUUGUCACUGCAGUGAGUCAUCUCCGCGUUCAGACGAUCUUCGCGGCGUCUCCACACCAGAGCAGAGCUCCUCCUCCCCAGCAGCCAGACGAGAUUCCCACCCUCCGCCAGAAUCCGGGAUCCUCGAAGAAAAGCCAUGGCGUCCGGCCUGUGCGGUGUCGUGGUGUUGGCGCUGUGUGCGAUCCUGUGCCCCUGUGUGUCCGCGGGGGACUCGGACUGUAUGUCCUAUACAGAUUCGACCAACAUGUACCAGGGGUACCAAAGCUGCUACGGUGAAUUUUGCUGUGGUACCUGCUACAACAGAUACUGCUGUCGCCAGAGUUACAUGCAGCUUUCUGAGGAUAAACAAGAACAAUGUGAAGCCGAGUCUAUUCUCAAUCAUUCCACACCAGUGCACAUGAUCUUUGGUAUUGUCGGCACGAUCAUCAUUUUGCUCAUCUUCAUCUGCUGCUGUGUUUGUCCCUGCUGCUGCAUGUACAAAGUGUGCCGCAAGCCACAACCUGUGGUAGCUACCUCCACCCACACGACCAUAGUCACUGCUGCUCCUCUGAAUUACCCGCAGCAGCCUACUGCAACACCCAGCCAGCCUCAGCCCUACCAGGGGGGUCAGUAUCAGCCCUACCAGCCCGUACCAGUGCAGCCAGGAUAUGGAACCCAGCCCAUGCCCCAGGGCUAUGGAGCUCAACCCAUGCCCGCAGUACCCUUCCAGGGACAACCGUUCGUACCAGGGCCACCUCCAACAUAUCAGGAAGCCACCGGUCCCGUCUACUCUCCCAACCCGAUGUCUUACAGCCAGGCUGCGUUCAGCCCCAACCAGCCAGCGUACCCUCUGAAGCCGCCUGUCCAGCCACAGGUCCAGCCGCCGCCAAACGCUCCGCUCGCGAACACAGACUACUUGGCACAGCCUGCGUAUAACCCGGCUUACGCUGCACCCUAGACUGGAUAAUGGAUGGCCGCGCCACGCUCUCAGCCACUAUAAACAUGCUGCGGCAUUUAGGGAACUUGAAAUGUGUGAUCUCAGUCACGACGUGAGUUGCUCCAGAGGGUCUUCAUUCAUGUGCUUUCAUUGGUUUUAAUGACACACCUGUCGUUGUAGAAAUUCUGUAGAAGACGCACCAAGGUGAAAUUCUCGACUCGUCUUGGCUCGUAUUGCAUGGACUUACAUUAAACAUAAAACUGCUGGGUGUGAUUUUAAAGUAUAUGAAGUGCUUUGCCAUAUUCCAGCCCUCUGAACAGGAUUCAACAUGUCCCUGCUCUCCCCGGUCUGUACCGGGCACCUGACUGAACCUUCUCGACCUCUAAUCCACCGUCUGCAGUGAUCGCCGUCACACUCAGUCAAAUUUGAGAGCAGUUUUUUUGCAUCCGUGGCCGUGAUUCUGUGGCUCUCUUUCCAGUUUAUUUCGUACCGAUUAAGUGCUUUGCACCUUUUUUUUUUCAUGUGCUUUCUCUAGUGUUAUGGUAGAUGUGUAAUACCACAUAUGCGUUAGUACAUUGUGAAUUUAUUUGUCACUAGAGCAUUUAGAGAGGAAUCAUAUCAUUGUCAUUUACCAAUAUUUGGAGGGUAUUUGGGUUCUUCCCUUCAGCAAAAGGGAGCUUUCAUCAUUUAGUUAGAAAGAAAUAUUAUUUGCACACAGGGAAGCUUCACUUUACAUUUACGUUUUAUGGGUUUGUGUUGAAAACAGACUUCACCUUGAGUUGCUUUUUUUUCCCCUUCAGGUUUUUUUUAAAUUUUCAUUUGCACAUUUAACUGCGCAAGUCUGACUGAGGUAAAAUGCAUUGGCACCUUUUUAAUCAGUCAAUCAAAGCAGAUGAAUUUCUUUUCAUAUAGUCUAGUCCACAUUCAAAGACCAAUGUUACUCUCAAAAUGCAAGAAACACGUGUGCCUUCUUAGCCAUGUUACCUUUAUCCAACAGCUGUGUGCAUGUCAAACACUUUAAAAUCAAUUUUUAUAUUUAUUCUGGAGUGUUUUGUUUUUCUGGUAUCGUUCUGUUACCGUUCUGUUACUCGUACCGACUGUCCACAUAAAGGCUUACGUUAUAUACACCAGCCACAAUAAUUUGCAGUGUGCCAUGUUCGACAUGUACUUUACUGUCACAAAGUCUUUCAACUUCAUCUUCUUAAGUUACAACCCAAACUGUUCAUGUAUUGAAUAUUUUCUUAAACAGUAUUAUUUGCCCUGUCAAAUCAUCUUGUCAUCACUAUUGCCUUUAUUACAUAACACCAAUGUAACGGGGAGGUUCUUAGAAAUAAGUCUUGUCAUUGUUUGGAUCUAAAAACUAAACUAAUAGGCCUUUUUCUUUGUCACGUGUGUUCUCCUGUCUUUGUGUUUUGCAGCAAAGCCACCACUUCUGCUUUCUGCCCACUGAAAUUACUUGAAAUCAGUUUUAACUAAAAGUGACCUUUUUCUCAGAAGUAGUCACAGCUCAUGUGACAGGCCAGAUGAUCAUCCUGUUCAAAAUGCCUGAUUCUUCAACUUCCCUAGUUUAGACUUGGAUUGUGCUCAAGGAAAAUAGAACCUGAUGUCCUCCAUUAAAUCUUGAUGUGACAGGUAUUGUCGUCAGAAUGUCAUUCAGUCACAUACAUGCUGUGGCUCCAUUUACCCCCUGACACAUGAGGCCACACACCAGCUAAUGAUGGUGGACUAACGUCGUCACGUAUCCUUGUAAUUUGCAAAAUAGUUUGUGUGAAGAAUGUGUUGACGUUGCCCGUAUCGACCAAUCGGGUUGUCUGUGUUUCAUCGUAGACUCUGCCCGUGAUAGUCCUUUGGCCAGUGUUGACUCUUCAAGGUGACUUUAAUUGGAGUGUUUUUUUAUUUGUGUUUGUGAAUUAUAGCCAUUCUUGUUCCACCUGUUUCUCGUCAAAGAAUAAUUGUCAUUGAUGCGACUUUAAGAAUACAUGUAUGACCUUUAUUUUGUUUAAAGAAAAUCAGCUUGUUCUGCAGGAUUUAAUAAAAUAUAUAUUUUCUGCUUC